GAUAAGCAGCAAAGGGCGGCUUGCCACAGCUUAGUCAGUCACAGAAGAAGAAAAAGACAGUCGGAAGUUUUUCUUGUUUCUCUUCCAUUUUUUUUUUUAUUCUUCAUUUUAUUUUUAAGGGUUGAAGCUAAAGGGGUCUCUAAGUAUGUGUACUGGAAAGUGUUCCCGGCUUAUUGGGUUGGUGUUGAUCCCUGCGGCCUUUGCUUGUAUUAUAGCAAACCUGCUUCUGCUGUUUCCAAAUGCAAAGUCGCUCGACAGCGACCACAUCACUCUGCAAGCAUGGCUGAUGGGAGGAAUAGUUGGUGGCGGCUUGUUCAUGUUAUGUCCUGGCUGCUCAGCAGUAAGAGCUGGAGGGAAGGGUUGCUGUGGAGCUGGUUGCUGUGGCAACCGUUGCCGGAUGUUGAACUCUGUCUUCUCGUCUGCGUUCGGGGUGCUUGGAGGACUCUACUGCGUCAGUGUGUCUUCUGCUGGGCUGGCUAACGGACCCAAGUGCCUGACCGCGAAUAACAUGUGGGAGUAUCCCUUUCAGGGCACGCAAGGAAAUAGGAGUUACCUGGUGAACAAGGACAUGUGGGAGAAGUGCUUGGAGCCCAAAAACAUUGUGCUGUGGAACAUCGUCCUCUUCUCAAUCCUCCUGGGGCUUGGGGUCCUGGAAGUGAUCCUGUGUGGGAUCCAGGUGUUCAACGCGUGCCUGGGCUGCGUGUGCGGAGACUGCCGCAAAAGACGAAAUGACGAUGAUGGAGGCUUAUGAAAAAAAGAAAAAAGAAAAUCACUCCAGUUGACCCCAAAAAUGAUAUGAAUUCUGAAACUCUCUCUCUCUAUAUAUUCUCUUUUUAGGGGCUGAUAAUAUUGCUAACUUUGUGGUAUUUAGUAUUUACACCAUUAAGCACGUUUCCUAUAAUGUACAUUUUUCUUGAUGAUAAUUAAGUUCAUUUUUAUUAAAUUAUGCAGAUGUUAAUUUUGUUUAAGUUAUGGUAAACUGUUUUGCUUCUUUCGCCAACUUCUGUUUUUGAAAUGAUGCAAGGCUGUUGGACAUAAAUGCGUUCUGAGAAAUUUCAUUA